AUGACAAAAACACCAUUUCGAAAAGUAGAUGACCAGCAUACAAUGUGGUUUAGAGAUUUUGAUCGCAAGUAUAAUCGUAAAUUUAAAAACCUUCGACAUGAAUAUGCUCGUGGUUUAGAAGAACUUGAGGAAUUUAAACGUAAAUGCGCUCUUAAAUUCGAGGAAAUUCAGAAUGAAUAUAGCCCCGAAUAUCGUACUAAAUUUAAAGAAUUUCUACGUGAAUGUGAUCAUGGCGUUGAGAAAUUUAAGGAGUCGCAAAGUAAAUGUAAUCUUAACUUUGAGGAACUUCAGAAUGAUUGCAAACUUGAAUUUAAAGAACUGCAUCGUGGAUGUACAAGCUCAACGCAUUUUCAUUCAAAAGAAUAUUCAACUUCAUCCAACUUUUCAAAAAAACAUCCGGAUGCAAACCAAUUUCUAAAUGACAGUUCAUUGAGUGUGGAGCCUGUGCAAGCACUUACAUCCGAAACAAAUAAUAAACACAAUGCCUCACAAUAUAGUAAUCCUUUUAGAAUUACUCAACAACUUAUUCAGGCAACACCUGUCACAAGCGAGAAGGAUAACCAACAUUGCAAUGAUACAAAAAUUACCAAGCAAAUUAAUCUGA